GCGGCCUCCAUGGGUGCACGGUGAGCUUAUUCAAUGCUGCGGUUCGUGAAUUGGUGCGAUACGAUCGGAACGUUACCCCCUAUAUUGAAUGAGUUGAAAUCACUGCAUACACAUCGUGAUCAGAUUCAGAUUAAAGAAACUGAAAGAUGUCCAAAGCUCAGAAGAAGAACCAAAAACGCUCCGGCAAGAAACCACAUGAUGGCGGUGGUUUUGAAAUUGAGGAAAACAUCACUGGAGGACCAACAGGGGCGAAGAAAACUGACCCUGUACUGGAACUAAGGGAACAACUUGCCCAGGCUAAGACUGAUAAGAAUCAUGACUUGGCAAACAAGUUGAGACAACAGCUUUGGAUAGCACAAGAUCUUGCUGCUGGAUACAAACCCAAGAUAGAUUCUGAAGACAAAGAUAGUCAAGAAGCCCUCGCUAAGGCAGUUGAAACUAUCACCGUAUCAGCAACAAAAGGGGCCACAGCCUCGGCAAUGUCGACAUCGAGUCUUGGAGAAGAGGAGAGAAAACUGAAGACUCUUCACAAGAAACUUGAUCAGAUACAGAAACUGAAGAAGAAACAAGAACAGGGCGUCAAACUGGAGGCUAACCAGAUAGAAAAGAUGAAAACCGAAGACUCCAUUUUGGAGGAAAUACAACACCUGGAGAAGUUACUAAGCAUUCCGAUGAAGAGGUAACGGCAGAGGUCAUAGCCGCGUGAUGACUGACAAUCCAUUUUAGAACUAAUUUAUAGACAACUCCACACAGUACAUGGGUAGAGAAUUUGUGUUGGUUCUCUUCUAUGCCACGACAGCUUUUUCUCCAGGCCUUUCCUGUCUUCCUCCCUCCGGACAUUUUCGCUCUGUGGAUGUGCUGGGUGGUUGUAUGGACAAUGUGGCUGGCUGCCAAAGGUGCCCUUGCAUGCCUGCUGCUCCAACAUUAGUCCUGUCCUUCGCAAUUCAGCUGCCAGUAAGGAUGAACAGCCUCCUAAAUUAGUAUUAUUUAGCUCAGUAACUAGGGCAAAUAAUGUUGAAAGCACUUUGUGAAAACUGUUAUUAAAACUGAUUAUUAUUAUUACUUGGCAAUCAUCAGAGAACUAAUUGGUAAAAUGUAUUGAAUUGAAUCUGUACAAGUUACUUUAGUUACUAAGUACAGCAAGCCUGGACUUACAUGGAGACCAUGGCCUCCAUUGUUUUGGGACCAAUUUCAUAGAGCUGCUUAGCACAAAAAUUUGCUUAGCAUGAAA